UCUGCAUCCAGCAGCAUUCACAGCGAGUCAAUAUAUGACCGAAGCUCGUCAGUCUGUCACAGUGUGCAAGACGUGCUCCAAGACGCGGCUACAGUAGAGAAGUCAUUCAGUACGCCAGGAUGUCUGUGAAGCUGCUCGGAUAUCUCUGCCUGCUGCUUGUUGCGUUGUGUCCCAGCUGGGCAGAAGAACAACAACAACAGUGUCUCACAUCUGCCAACAACUGCGACGAGUGCAUUCAGUCUGGCCCGGCGUGUGCUUGGUGCACCGGCCCUCACUCGAACACCCGCUGUCAUACGUUGAAGGGGCUGCGGCGAGCGGGCUGUCGUCAAAGUGACAUGUAUAACCCUCAGGGCAGGGUGCAGGUUGUCAAAAAUUACAGCAGCACCAGACCAGCGAAUGCCAAGGCCCUGUCCCUCCAGCCCCGAGAGGUCUCCCUCCAUUUGAGGCCAGGUGUGAGCCAGUCCUUCCCCCUCACUAUCACCAUGCCUACAGACCAGCCUAUCACAGAGCUGAGCAUGGACACAAGCCCUGUGCCAGCCGGAGUCAACAUCACAUUCAGUAGCAUUAUGAAUGAAAACCCUCUGGUCGUACAGGUGACCGUGGAGGCUGCCCAGUGUCCCAGUGAGAGGGACGACUUAACCCAGAACAGGACCGGGCCCUGGCCUGUCCACAUCACACCCAGAGGCUUUGCACCGAGUGUGAAGUUAGAGAUAACGCUGGAGUGUCAGUGUGACUGCACAAGAAACCGUGAGGAAAACAGCCCUGGCUGCGGAGGCCACGGGGCUCUGGUGUGUGGCCAGUGUGAGUGCCGCAUGCAUUACACUGGACAACAGUGCCAGAGAGACACCGACUCAUUUCCUUCACGAAAUGAAGACUCCUGUCGCUCAGGCCCGAAUGCCCCCGUGUGCAGCGGUAGGGGACAAUGCGAGGAGGGAUUCUGUGUGUGCGAUGCGAGAAUGAUCCCGGAAGAAAGAUACAGCGGACAAUACUGCGAGUGCAGCAACUUUGACUGUCCUUAUCACAUCGGCAGAAUAUGUGGAGGCCAUGGGCGGUGCGAGUGUGGACAGUGCAGGUGUGAUGACGACUGGACCGGUGAAGACUGCAUCUGCACCAUGGAAACUGCUUCCUGUAUGUCAAAGAACCAGAAGCUGUGUGACGAUAAAGGGUUGUGUCAGUGCGGAGUAUGUAAAUGUGAGCGACCAUACGCAGGCCGGACCUGUGAGUACGCCCCCUUUUGAUUGGGCAGUUGUCAGCAGAGUGUGGAGUGUCGGGCAGAGACAGACCGGCUUUCACUGAUAGACAGCGUAUGCACAAUUGCAAUCAGAUAAGUAACUUUUGUACAAAAAGUACAAAAAUGUGGUGGAUUACAAGUAUUAAGUUGCAUGAAAUGGGAAAUACUCAAGUAAGAUACAAGUACCAUGAUUUACAUGAGGGGUCUACAUAUAUUUGGGACGUAGCCAGCAAAUACACGGUGUUAUGGAAUGAAACAAAUAAAAUUAAGUUAUAAAUUUCUGUUACAUCACAACUCCUGCUUGCUGCAUAAAAAAUGUCUAAAAUGAUGAAGUCCUUUUCUGAACCUCCCCCUUCAAAACUAUUUUAAUAAAGUCACCUAAAGAAAGGAACUCUUUAAAUUACUAUUUAAAUGUACAGUUACUGUAUUCUGCCACAGACACUUACUGUUUUUAUAUUUCUGAUUUCAAAACUAAUUUCUGUUAAAAUGGAAGUUCGUUCAUGAACAGAGCAAAAUCAUAUAUUUCUUCCUGUUACUAUGAGUAUCACAAUGCCACUAAACUACACAGUAGUACACAAACUAUCAAGUGUGACUAUGAGUGUGACUACCUCACCGUGACCGUGGUGGGGGCCAAAGAUGAUGGGCCUCAACCAGGAGAAACUAAUGGAUUCUGUGAACUGAUGAGUCGUAAAGACUCUUUCUUCUUCUACUACACCUUCUCCAGCACGCCCUCUGGAGGACCGUCGACUGAGGUGCGGGCCAAAGAAUUGUGGAAGAAGGAGUGUUUGAUGUCAUGAGGUCUCCAUCAGCAGGAGAAGUUGAUUUCGAUGUGUUAGCCUCUCUUCAAUGUUUACCAUUGAUUUUAACAUGGUCU